AUGGCUCGUAUUUCAUUCCAUAGAUUCGCAAAGAACACUGAGAACUACAAAAGAUGGAUAGCCGCUAUAAAACGAGAUGAAGGGAGGCAAUUUAAAGUUUCAUCAGCUACGAAGCUUCAAGAAGCCAAAACAGCGGCGCCGUGCUCCUCGGGCAAGAGUACCACCACCCGUUCCUUCGCAACCAAACACUCCUACGGAACACCUCCCUACUUGGAACACGUCUCCAUCAAGCACAGGAAGCUGCAGGAAGAAAGCCGUGGCUUUGGCAUUCAAAAGUUCCAGUCAAGUAAUGUCGAUAUCCAAUUCUACACGGGACUCCCAUCAUACGCCCACUUUCAAGAACUUUUGAAAUUUGUUGAACCUGGGAAUAAAGGGGAAAAUAUCAUCUAUUGGAAGAGUACUGCGACAUCAGAAGACGAAAGGAGGGGACGACCUCAGAAACUUUCAAUUGAAGAUCAGCUGUUUCUUGUCCUUGUAAAGCUGAGGGUAGGACUUUUCCAUAAGCACCUGGGUCAUCUGUUCAAUGUUUCAGAGACCACAGUAUCCAGAGUGUUCCUUACUUGGAUGAGUUUUCUCUACCUGCGUCUGACUGAACUGCCACUGUGGCUCCCAAGGGACGUCGUAGACACCCUCAUGCCAGCCACGUUCAAAGACAAAUAUCGCUCUACGCGAGUGAUCAUUGAUGCUACUGAGCUGCGGUGCAAGGUAUCUAGCUCACUAGUCACACAGUCUGGAACAUACUCUUACUACAAGUCGGCAAAUACCUUUAAGGGUCUCGUGGGAAUAUCGCCAAAUGGACAACUGACAUUUGUCUCAGAACUAUUUAUGGGCUCAGUCUCGGACCGUGAAGCGGUCGUCAAGAGUGGAUUCUUGGAAAGGCCAUUUGAGUUGGGAGAUGCUGUGAUGGCCGACAAAGGCUUCAAGAUUCAAGAUCUCCUAGAAAAGAAGGGAGUUCUCUUGAACAUUCCUCCCUUCCUAACAAAGGGUCAGUUUCCAACUGCAGACGUCCAGGAAACGCAGGACAUUGCGUCUCUUCGGAUCCAUGUGGAACGAAGGAUCCAAAGGAUUAAGACAUUCCACAUUCUGGACCGCCCGAUAGCCAUCUCCCUGGCCCCUAUUGCCAAUCAGAUAUGGACGGUCUGCGCCAUUCUAUCAAACAUGCAGUCGCCUCUGAUGAGGUACUCUGAGUAACCACGGAGCAAGCAGGACGAAACAUCAGAACGGCUGGACAAGAGAACUGUCAGGAGACAGCCAGUCGAUACCCUGCCAGAGCUUCAAGAAAGCUCAA